AUUCCAGACCACCGACGGCGGCAGUCUCUCCAUGCAUCUGCUCUGGAGUAUAAGCACGACCCACUCGCUGCAACAGAACAUUGAAAUUUUGGCGAUCAUCGUCGACUACUGACGUAAGUGCACUCGUGCUUGUAGUAUAAAUCAGGACCUUGUUCGCUGUUAAACACUGUAGUCAUUACGAUUGUGCAACCGAGGGUGUAGGUGAGUCUAGGGGAAACGAAUUAGUUCGGUGAUCGAACCUGUGAACUGUGAGAUAGGGGGGAGAGAAAGAGAGAGCUCAAGACAUGGCGUUGACACCAUUCUGGGGCCGUGAGCGCGGCGUGGGGUCGUGGGACAGCAACCCAUGGGAUCCGUUCGAGACCACGGACGCAUUGAUAGACAGCAUCUACAACCAUCCAGGGCUGUCACUAGCGCGCAGCUUACAAGGAGUGACGAGCACCAGCGUGGAUUGGAAAGAAACGGCGACAGAGCAUGUAAUCAAGGCAGACGUGCCAGGCCUAAGCAAGAACGAGAUCAAGGUGGAGGUAGACGACACCCAGCGUGUGCUGCGCAUCAACGGGGAGCGGCGCAAGGAGGAGGAGCGGCAGACGGAUGAGUGGCACGUCCUGGAGCGCGGCGACGCGCGUUACUUGCGCCAGCUCGCGCUUCCCGAGAAUGCAAAUCUCGACCAAAUCACUGCCUCGGUGGACAAUGGCGUGCUGACAGUCACCAUGCCCAAGCUCCAGGCGCAGCAAUCCAAGUCUCGGGUGCGCCAAAUCCAGGUCGGGGAUGCGGGCGAGGAGGGGCCGAAGCAGCACCGCGAGCUGAUUCCCGUGUCGGCGCUAAAGAAAUUCUUCCCCUUUGGACACCGCAAGUGACGACUCGCGGCUGCGGCUCUAGCGCCACCUCUGACGCUAACGCACAUCCAACGCUGAGGACGCCAACGCGCGUCUAACUACAUGGUUCCGUUGCAGUUGUAAUAUUUUGCACUGUAUUGUACAGAGUUAAACUUCACGGAGUAUAAAGUUUUGAGCUUUUUAGUUGAAGGAUUCCGUGCCUCUUGUACUAGUUGUUGUUCAUAGCCAAAUUGAUUUAUUUUCUUUUUUCUUGUCUUUUUAUUUUUUAAUUUUUUUGUAUAUAGAUUCCGCUGUUGUUUUGUUUGUACAUGUUUCUAGUUUUUUGUAACGAAAUUGAAAAAUUACAUACUUUUGAGUAUGAAUUGAAAUACUAGCAAUUCAUGAA